AUGGCUGCGUUGUUCUUUCACAUUUUCGUCAUCUUCUUCUUUCUGUUAAUCCUGAUCGCAAGCCCCAUUCCCUCUCUUGCGCUCCAAAUUCUGACCACCAACAACCGCAACUUCGAUACCCAGAUCUCCCUUCUCGGCGAUGCCGAAAAUGUCGGUGAUGGCUCUCAGUCCUACGUGCAACUUACGCGCUCGAUGCCGUCGAGCUCCGGUCUUAUAUUCUACAAAGAGCCCUUCCAUCUCACCAAAACGACUUCGUUUUCCACAGAUUUCUCGUUCUCGGUUUCACCCGGUAAGUCGCCUCCUUCGCUGACUCUCAUUGUUGGUCCUUACAAUUUGGCAUCGAAAUUUGUGGGUCAAGGGUCGUUUGGGGUUUUGAAGGAGAAAAGUUUUCUGGGUAUUGAAUUCGACACCUCUGUUGGUAGCAAUGCAGGGAUCAAUGUGGGUAGUUUUGUUUCCGUUAAGAUUAAUAAUGUCAAGCCUCUGAAGUUGGACCUAGAUAGAGGGGAAAAGUUGAGAUCUUGGAUCGAUUUCAAUGCCAUUUCGAGGAGAGUGGAAGUUAGGCUUAGUAGAUUGGGAGAUAAAAGGCCAUACAAUCCGGUUCUCGCUUAUUCUGUUGAUUUGUCAAAAAUGUGGGGAGAGAAUGUUGCCUUUGUUGGUUUAGGUUCGUCUAGCGGUAAUUCAUCGCAGACCAGUAGCAUUUAUGCGUGGAGUUUUAGCUCAAGGAAGGUUCCUAAUUGGAUGCACUCAUUGCCUGUGGAUCCAAGGACUUAUAAGGACAAGAAUGGUGAAGAAUUUAGUGCGCACAGGCGUAGGGUUUGUCCUCUGACAGUUUUUGCUCGACUGAUUUUUGUGACUGGAUGUGGAGCUCUGUUGGCAUUUGUGAUGCUGUUUGUGUGGGCGAUUUUGGCUGGUAGACACUCAGUGUUCCCUGUUGAAUGCAAUGGGCAGCCUGUAGAUUUCCAGUAUGAAAAGAUUUCUCUGGUUGUGGAGGAAGAAGCUGCCCAAUCAAGCAACAAGCGGUCAUUUGGUUUAAAAUGUAAAAAUGUUCCCUUUGGUUAUGCCACUGCAAAUCAAGUUCCAACUCCAGUUCUAGCUUGUUUGAUUCAAAGGAUUAAUAAACGGGUUGGACAGUUGGGAGUUUCCUUCACAGAUUCGUAUAAUCUACACUAG